UGCUUGCACAAACAAUGUUAGAGAGGCUCCAAACACGCCUCCAGCAUAUUGUCAGUCAGCAACCACUUGACCUGGAUUACCUUGAAUUUGUGUGUUCUCAGGAGGCUGUUCUUUUUAGUGCUGCCUCUAACCAGGUUCUCAUCCCAAAAGCCAUUGUAGAUGCACUCACAGAGCUGCACAAGUUGGUUGUUGAAGAAAGAGAAAAUCAGGUCCCCAUAGUAUCUGUGCAGGUUUGUCAUGGAGCAACUGGGCGUCCAAGAUUUAACAUUUCUCCGGAUUCUCUGUUACAUCUCAUCAACCAAGGUCUUCCUGUGCCGUGUAUUGCUAACUUGAUGGGAGUGUCCACUCGCUCUCUCUUCAGAAGAAUGAGAGAGUUUGGCUUUUCUGUCAGAGCAAGCUAUAGCACCUGUACAAACGCAGAGUUGGACCAUUUGGUAACUGAAAUAAAAAAAGACAUGCCUCAUGCUGGCUACCGCUUGGUUAAGGGAAGCUUGCAGGCCAGAGGAUUCAGAGUGCAGUGGGAGAGGGUGCGGGCCUCCAUGCACCGUGUGGACACUGUUGGCAUCCUUUGUCGCAUGAACCAGCUAGGGUGUGUUGUGCGUCGUACCUACUCAGUUCCUGGUCCCAAAGCCCUGGUCCACGUAGACACCAAUCACAAGCUAAUACGGUACAACAUUGUCAUUUUUGGUGCUGUGGAUGGCUUUUCUCGAAAGAUCAUGUACCUGGGUGCAGCAAACAAUAAUCGGUCCUCAACAGCACUGGCUUUCUUCCAGCAAUCAGUGGAGAGAUUUGGAUUUCCAUCAAGGGUAAGAGCGGAUCAUGGAGUCGAGAACGUUGACAUUGCACGGCUGAUGUUCUCUGUCAGGGGAACAGGAAGGUCCAGUUUCAUUGCUGGGAAGAGCGUGCACAAUCAAAGGCAAGUUUUUUUCUUCCAAAGCCUCUACAGCACUCGUUAUUCCUCCAAUACUUCCCAAUUCCGACGUGUCUUUCCAACACCUGCAUCCAACUCCUCACCAGCCACUUUCGUCUUCCUCUCCGUAACACCGGAACAAAGUACCACACCUCCAUAUCCUCAUCGGCCCCUUUUUAAAGGCCCUCUUCCUCCUUAG